GAUCGAUUCAUCCAAGCCAGAGUUGAGCAAUACUAGCAGUGAGAUUUACAGUGAUUUCAGUUCGUGUUUGUUGGUGAGAGACAAGAGAAGAUGGCCUCCAACCAGAACCAGGCGAGCUACGCGGCCGGCGAGACCAAGGCCCGCACCGAGGAGAAGACCGGGCAGAUGGUGGGUGCAACCAAGGACAAGGCGGGGCAGGCCACGGAGGCCACCAAGCAGAAGGCCGGAGAGACAGCCGGGGCCACCAAGCAGAAGGCCGGCGAGGCCAAGGACAAGACGGCCCAGACGGCGCAGGCGGCCAAGGACCGCGCCGCCGAGAGCAAGGACCAGACCGGCAGCUUCCUCGGCGAGAAGACGGAGGCGGCCAAGCAGAAGGCCGCCGAGACGGCCGAGGCCACCAAGCAGAAGGCCGGAGAGGCCAAGGACAAGACGGCCCAGACGGCGCAGGCGGCCAAGGACCGCGCCGCCGAGAGCAAGGACCAGACCGGCAGCUUCCUCGGCGAGAAGACGGAGGCGGCCAAGCAGAAGGCCGCCGAGGCAACCGAUGCGGCCAAGCAGAAGGCGUCGGAGACGGCCCAGUACGCGCAGGAGAGGUCCUCCGACGCGGCGCAGUACACCAAGGAGUCCGCCGUGGCCGGCAAGGACAAGACCGGCAGCGUGCUCCAGCAGGCCGGCGAGACGGUGGUGAGCGCCGUGGUGGGCGCCAAGGACGCCGUGGCGAACACGCUGGGCAUGGGCGGCGACAACACCAGCACCACCAAGGACAGCACCACCGAGAAGAUCACUAGGGAUCACUAGACGCAUACAUGCGUCCAAUCUUGCUAAUUUGCUUCCUUUACUCGUUUGGUCGUCCGCGGGCCCUUUACAUAUUUGUAUGUUUCCCUCUUUUGUGGUUUCCGCUCAUUUAGUGUAAGUUUG